CAAAACUCGGGGUUUAGCGAUUAGACACGCGUUCAGACUCAGUCCUUUUUUUUUUUUUAAAUUAUUAUUUAUAUUGUUAUUGUUCGUGGACAAUGGCGAACCUUAAUUAUUUGUCGUUCCCGCAUUGGGACGGAGGCUCGAGGAAAAUUCGUUACAUUUAUUUGGUAAACGAGUCAAAUUUUACACUCACAGAGGGUGCCAAAAAGGGUUCAUUUGCAUCAGUUCCUCUCUUUCUUGGUGCCGACCUCUUGGCCAACACGGAUAUCCGUGCCGAGAACCAUCCCAGGUAUCAUGCCAAGUUCGCCAGGAAAGGGCUGGCCACCAAAAUCCACUUCUCUGCAGCCUUCAGGUUCCGCGGGUUGAAGGCGGCGCCGUCCAACAACGGCUUGUGGUUCUACACCAUUCACGGGCUUUUCCGCGUGGCUUUUGAGAUGUACGCCAAGCCGGAGCAGCUGGCGGUACUCAACAACUUCCAGGAUGUGUGGAAAUCUCAGAUGAACGAGAAUCCGUUGAAGAGCAGCUACAGCCUGAGUGCGCAGCUGGACCGAUCGGACCCUGGGAGUGAAGUGCUUAAAAACCAGUCGCCAGAGCAGCUGGAGAACAGAAGUCGAGACGUGUCAUUAGAUCAUUGUUAUUCCAUGCAGCAGCGCUCUCAAAGCUUAUCCGAAUUUGAGAAUAAGCUCCAGAGCCUAAGUGACAAGCUAGCCUCCAAAAAUUUCAUGGAGCAUCAUCUGGAGCCGGCCUUGCUCCUCCUGGACCACGUCGAGCGCUGCUUGGGCGGUACAGCGGAGGAGCGGGAAGCGGGGGAGACGUCGCUCGCCAGGUGGUUAGGCUGCCGGUUUGCGGCGGCCCACACCGACAUCAGCCGGCGGGUGGAGGCCUUCAAGGAGCGCCACAUCCAGAGGAUCGGAGAGCUGCCGCCGGCCGAGGAGCUGGCUGCGCAGCUUUUCCCGGACGCCAUGAGGACGCUGCUGCUGAACUGGAUGGGGCUGAGUCGGGACGAGGACCAGGCCAAGAGGCAAAGCGAGUACCCCAUCCUGCUUCUCAUCCUGGAGUUCGCCAACCAUAACCUCAUCACUGGGGUGGCGCACGUUCUCUACUCAACUCUCAUCUGCAGAUAGAUUCCUGUGGGGGGUGGGGAGGGGAGGGUUGCGGUUGCGCAUCGCGGCGACUGCAAUGGAAAAAGCAAGAGACAGACGGUAACUAGGAAGCUAGUUGGCCAGAACCCACCUUUAUGUGCACAUGCACAGUGACAUGUCAGAAGAAGUCAGGAUUGGUCAAACCAGAGUGAAAAGGGGUGGAAAAUGUCCAGUGAUGUGUGUGUGUGUGUGUGUGUAUAUAUAUAUAUAUAUAGAUAGAGAGAGAGAGAGAGAG